AUGUCCGGCGACGGUCGUACCUGCGCUACGUCGGCGUACGGCCGGCUUCAGCACAAGAACAGUAGCCGACGACAGGUGUUUGAGAUGCCGGGCGGCGAAACGGCGUACGUACGGCAAUCGACCACGCACGAAACGUACCGGCCGAGGACGCCACCGGCCGCCGAAAAACCGCUCGAAGAAAGAGGUAUUACUUACUAGAGCAGUGCAGGCAGUCAGGCACGUAGUUAAGGGGAGGCCUGGGUGUGCCUGGCCCAUUCUAAAAAGUGUCUGGCCUUAGGCUGGCCCACCCAAAAUAUUCAGCGGGACCCAUUAUCAUAUGCAUUUAAUUUAUACCAUCAAAUAUCAUACUACUCGACUGACAUAUAGUGAUAUAAAUUUACUAAUGAUAAGUAAUUACUACCUAGUACCUGGUACUAGCUCAUCAUAACGGCAAAUAUUACCCGGUAAAUGGCGUACCUAAUCGUUAAAAAAUAAAUCUAUUAGAUAAAAAGGUAUUAUUAAGUUAUAAUGUGCUCAUAACUACAUUUUUUUCUUACAUAAAAAUGUCGAGGAAGAAGAUCUCUCUGAUAUUGGCUCAACUAGUGAAAAUUUUCUGGCUACGUGAAUGGAUUCACUGCAAUGGUGCGUGAUCUGGGGGUCGUGGGUCACGGAAUUUUAACAGUGGGUUGCCAAUAACUUUGCACCAAUGAAAGUUAUAUAUUAUAUACAUAUUAUUUUAUAUAACGUAAUAUUUCUUGCACCAUUGGUGGUCGUAUCAAUCGUAAUAUGUCAUAUUUUCUUAAUUUUGCGAUAGCAAGUUCUAUUGAAUCACGCAGUAUGUGGGUUAUUUUUUAAAUUCAAUCAGAAAUUAUUACUUCCUUUUGCUUCAACUUAUUUAUGCGAAACAGCAUUGUCUGCAACACCAACGAUAGUAAAAAUACAAAUACCACUCCAGAUUGAAUGUCGAAGCAUAUUUAAGAGUGACAGUCUUAAACAUCAAACCCCAUAUAAAUUUAAUCGUGUCUGCAAUUUAAUCACAAGGGUCUCAUUAUAUCAUGUAAUUUUAUAAUUUUAAAUUAUUAAAAUGUUGGUUAUAAUUAUAACAAUUUCGGUAAUUUUUUUUUAUGUUUUGAAAUUAAAAAUUUAGAUAAAUUAAAUAAAACAAAUACUAAAAUUGCCUAAAAUGAACGAUUUAAUGUAUACGAGACUAUAAUAUGAUUGUAUACAUUAAGUACCUCAAUAUAUAUUGUGCACUUAUAUAAUGUUGGUAUAGGAAGGGGCGUCACCUCAUCAAAAUAAAUUAAUUUGGAGGCCUGCACGGGUCAACAAUUCCUGGCCCUGACCGCCUCGAUUUUUUCAUGCGUAUAUAAAUGUUUGACCCAACCCGGGAUUUUUUCUCAUCAUUUUCGAAUAAUUAUACCUCGCCGGUCAUAUCUCGGCCGUAGAGCUGGUGGUAUAAGUUUAAACAUUUAAAAUGUAAGAAAUUGACAGCAUGCUCUUAUAAAAAAAAGCUCAGCCCGGCACGCAAUAGAUAUAUAUAAAAUUUAAAACUGAAUACGCCAAUCCGGCCGCACAUGUAUUUAUACAAAUAAAGCUUGUUCUGUAUUUAAAUUUGAAAAGCCCGGCCGAGCCUUUGCAGGUCUUUAUUACCUAUUAUAGAAGUAACUAGAAAUUUAUUUAUGAGUGGGUUAAAUUGUUUACGGUAAUGGUGAGCCGCGAGAGUUUUCCCCACACAUUACUAGAAUACUUAAAAAUCGAUACAUAAAUGAUUAGUUAAUGGUCAAUUAUACUUAAAUUACAUCUUCGAACUAUAUCUAAUAUUUUGUCUUAUUACUUUUCUUUGGAUAUUAAAAUAUUACUCCCUUUAUCCCUUCUUUGACCUAUGGUUUUUUGAAAAUACUGUAAAAAUAAUGAAAAAUUCCAAGCAAAAAUUUUGUUUACAUAAUAUCCUCCAACAUAAAUAAUGAUACAUUUUCUAUUUUCCCAAAAGAAAAAUAAUUUGGUUGUUAAAUUAUAUAUAUAUAUCAAAAAAAAAAAAAAAUAAAUAAAAAUCAUGCUUAUAAAACGAAUUUAAAAGUUAAUUAUAAUGGAAAAUUGAAAAAUGAAAAUAAUACAUCAUACAUCAUAUGGUGCUUUUCAUGUAUUGAUAAAACACUAACUUAAAUCACAAAUGUAUACACACGAGGUGCUCCAUGCCCCUAUCAAUAUAUAUUAGGAUGAUGUAUAACGUACUCUAUAUGCUUAAAUGUGUUGAAGUGUUUAGCCAUGAUGAUCAAUAAUUUAGUAUUAGUUUCGGUGUACUUACUAAGAAACAUAAAGUUAUUAGUUUUUAAAUUUUUAAAGAGAAAAAAAGAAAAGAGUUGGAAGAACAUUUGUGGAAGACAAUGACUGAAAAAGUACUACAUGACUUGGCGGCCAAAGCAAAGAACUAUUACGAUCAACACAAUCAAUUUGAAACAACGUACAGCAGAACUUUUCAAAUUAAAGGGUUCGAACCAAAACAAAUUGGAGAACAAUUAACCGAAGAAGUAGGUACCCAUACGAAUACACAAUAAUAGUCAUUACUUAUUAUCAUUUAAACAUUUUUUACAUUUCCUUUUGUUAUAUGUUAUAUGUAUUUUCAAAUAUUUAAGAAUUAACUGGAUACCUAGAUACUUAAUAGUUUAUAUUUAAAACUAUUAUUACCAUCAGUAUUUAUUAUAAUAGAUAUACCUAACACCAUUUCUACCAUUUAUUUAUUUUAUCAAAAAUCCAUUCAAAAUUCUCUUAAAUUUAUAUUGUAAAUCAACUUAUCAAUUAUAUUUCAAUUAAACAAUAAUAAGUAAUAUAUAAUCGCAUUUCUUCUAAAACUGUAACGUUAUAAUAUAAUCCAUAAAUGAGAGGAUUGAAGCCAUAUUGGUUUAAGUCACAUUAAUUUUAAAGUUUUAAGCCAUUUUGAAAGUUAACAAAAUAACCGGUUCGUUUCCAUACAAAUAUUAUGCUACCAGCUACCAUCUAUAGUUGUACUGAUUGUUAGUUAUGCUUAUGACUUAAUUCACAAUUAGACUUUCAAGAAAUGCACUUAAGUGAAUUUUAACGAAAACUUGACUCACACCACUACUCCCUGCUCUAAUCCCCUCAAAUAACUCGGGUAUUAUUUUUAUGUAUUUAAUUCUAAAAGUUACCACAAUGAUAAAAUAUAUGUAGAUAAAAGUAUAAUAGAUAUUGUUUGUUAGCUAUAACCGAUAUUAAUAUUAUUUACUUGUGCCACACCGGUUCGGUGAAAUAGUGAUGAUAUUGUUUUUAUUUAUAUUUACAGCAGUGUGCCAAGUACCCUUUAUACAACAUCAACGGAAUAUCCACUACCGUUAAUCGUUACGAGUACAACAAAUUCAAACAACCCGUGCACAAGCCUUUGGCGUGUUUGUUUAAAAAGGACAGCAGAUUUACUAGUCGCAUGGGCGACCCAAGCGAUCAUCACGCUCCCGUCGCUCCGGGACAUUUUGCUUUUGUUUGA